AUGCUGUACCUUGCGCUCAUAGUGAUCUUUGGCUGCGCGUCCGCCCGACCAGGUACCCGGAUUGCUGGGGGGACUCCUCUGGCCCCGGGUGAGCUGCCCUACCUCGUCUCCUUGCAGCUCCAUAGCUCCAACGUCUGGUACCAACUGUGUGGCGGCGCCCUCAUCGGUGACACCAGGGUCUCACUGCAGCUCACUGCAUCUCUGGGAUCCUCUGACUACCGGGUUGUCUUGGGUGAACACAGUCUCAACUUGGUGGAUGGAACCGAACAGUAUAUCACUGUGCAGAGUUACAUUAUAUACCCCGACUACAACGGCAACGCUAUCGGAUUCCCAAACGAUGUCGCUGUGAUUCAUUUGUCACAAAACGCCGACACAACCAGCGCCUUCAUCUCCACCAUCCCCAUUGCCAACCACGGGGACGACUUCACGGGAGUGGAUUGUACUAUCUCUGGUUGGGGUAGCUCAGCUGGGUCGGAGGAGUUGAAGGACACCCCGUCCAAGGCCACGUUUCCCGCCAUCUCAACGCCGCUUGUGUGAGUCUGUGGGCACCCGUACCCCACACCUUAAUCUACCCCAGCCACGUCUGCAUGAUGGGCACCGCUGGGGAAGCCGGGUGUCACUACGACAACGGGGGACCGAUGGUUUGUAACGGCGUCUUAGUGGGUGUAUUCUCGUGGGGAGAGAGCACGUGCCAGGGGAAGCUGCCCUCCGUCAUGACUAGCGUCCCUUUCUUC